GAGGAAGAGGGAGGGGAAGAGGAAGAGGGGUGAAGAGAAAGGAGGUUGAGACGGACGAUUUUGACGAGGAAGCUGGAGGUGGGGGAAAGAGAAGGAAAGCGGAUGAGGGGGGAGGAGGUGAAGAGGUAGAUGCAGAGACAGGGGAUCACGAUAAGGAGGUGGGAAGGGAGGAGGAAGGAGGACAUAUGGGGGAGGAGGGAGAGGAGGAGGAACGGGAAGAGAGGGAGGGAGGGGAGAGAGAAGAGGAGGAGCACGGGGAAGAGGCUCACGGGGAGGAGUUGGGAGAGGAUGAGGGUGGCGUGGGUGGGGAAAUGCAUGGUGAAGAGGACGAAGGGGAGGAAGAGGAGAGGGAUGCGGAGGAGGGGAUGGGUAGGGUGGGGGCAAGUAGAGGUGGAGGGGAAGCGGAGGAAGGGGGCAGUAGUGAUGAAGAGGGGAGGGAUGGAGAUGGGUUUGUGGAUGUGGAUGAUGAUGAGGAAGAGCCCUACUAGUGGUUACUGGUUAAGGGCCAUCUCAUGUACGCACAAAUAUUCAUGUCGUAGUGUGCUUGCAAUUGUUGUAGCCAGGGCCCCUGACAGCAGACGAAUUCGGUCUGAUCGUCUGAUAACCAGACUUGAUUUUUUAGUUCAUCUGAUUUUCAAGACCACUUUAUUAAUUCCGUCUGAAUGUUAAGACAAA